CACCAAAGCCCACCAAACCCACCCAUACAACCACAAUGCGUCACUUCCGCCAACCCACCACUAAUAACUUUUCUCCUUCUACUCCUGUCUUUCACUCCUCUUCUACUUCUAGAUAUAUUUAUAUGUAACAUAGACCCCAGUCCACCUGUCUUUCAUAUAAACUCAAUUACCCAUCUCCCCUAAACCAUGUCUUCCUCCAUGCGUCCGCUCCGUCGCUAAGCAUCCUAAGCAUCAAUACCUAGACCAUCCUGCAUAGCUUCCGCUACGGUUACAGUUACACUUCCAGUUACGGCUCACGCUCCCACUUUCCCUUUUCCCUCCUCUUCCUAUUUUCUCUUCGACUACCUAUCCCGGUAGUUCCCAAUUGAAUUAAAUAUCCUCUUCUCUCUCUCUUCUUUCCUGGUCCAACUAUCGCCUGCGAUCCUGCCUCCUUUCUCGGCAACUCCGCACUCCCCCCGCAAACGCCAUGUCUGAACCAAUCCUCAACGACAUCUCCCACCGCCGUCUCAAUCUCCUCCGAGGCAGCUGGGUCCUCGUCUCCCCCCACCGCAACAAGCGGCCAUGGCAAGGUCUUCAAGAAUCGCCGUCCAGAACCACGCUGCCCGAGUAUGAUCCAAAAUGCUAUCUCUGCCCAAGCAACACUCGCGCCAAUGGGGAGAUAAACCCAAAGUUCGACCGCACCUUUGUUUUCGUAAACGAUUAUAGUGCAGUCAAGGAAGACCAAGAAGAAUAUCACCCAGAACGAAAAGAGAGCAGCCUAGCAACCCGAUUGCUUCAAGCCGAGGCUGUUACAGGCAAAUGCUAUGUUAUAACAUUUUCCCCAUCUCACCACCUCACACUCGCCGAUAUGACCCCGGCGCAAAUCCUACCCAUCAUCGAGACCUGGACAAGUAUUUAUACGACACACUUGAGCCCCAAAUCUCCUCUGGCUCAGAUUGCCAGUUCGAUAACACUUCCACCAGAGAGCCGCGAACAUGUUGUGCAGCCAAGCGCCCAGUAUCGUUACAUGCAGAUCUUUGAGAACAAGGGAACUACCAUGGGCUGCUCCAACCCUCAUCCCCACGGCCAGAUCUGGACCACCACUUCUCUGCCCGAGGAGCCAAGCAUAGAGAUUCAGCAAUUCCAGAAAUACAACAAGGAACACGGAGGUGCCCAUCUGCUUACCGAUUAUGCGGAAUUAGAAUCGAAUGAGAAAGAGCGAACAGUCUUCGAGAACAAAUCCUUUUGGGCAGGUGUACCUUACUGGGCCGUGUGGCCUUUCGAGAUCAUGAUUGUGAGCCGGCAGCACAAGCGUGCUCUUGUCGACUUUGACGACAGCGAGCGGGCGGAGCUAGCUGAAGCCAUUGCAGAAGUGACAAGACGUUACGACAACCUCUUCGAGACACAAUUCCCCUACAGUAUGGGAUUGCACCAAGCCCCACUGGAAGGGACGCCGGAAGAAAUCGAGGCCAGUCAUUUCCACAUUCAUUUCUACCCUCCGUUGUUGCGUAGUGCGACAGUGCGGAAGUUCCAGGUGGGCUACGAGAUGUUGGCCGAGCCUCAGCGUGACAUUACCCCCGAGCAGGCUGCUGAGCGUCUUCGAGCUUGCGGCGGCGAGCUCUACCGGCGCAAGCUAUAAGGAUAAUUUCACUUCGAAGAGUGUACCGGGUUUUAUUCACUUCACUGUACAUCUUUUGGCAGUUCUUGUGCGUAAGUGCAUAUGGGUGCAUGGACAAAGUGGACAGGGAAAGCGUUGUUGCAGGUGGAGCGUUACAUUUUGGGACGGUUACUAUUUGCCAAUAGAGAGAUGGAUUACAUCCGCGGGGGAAGCCAAUAUACCCAGAUCGACGAGCUGGAAAAUGUCAUUUCAAGGGACGUUAGGGAUCAUCGCUUGCAUAGACAGUAGAAAAAUCACGAAAGUGCCAGUCAUA